CGCACACUCUUAUCUAAUCCUGUGAGGGACAAGCCUGGUUGUGAAACAACAUGGCAACUGCAGGGAAGGUGAUCCGGUGCAGAGCUGCAGUAGCAUGGGAGGCUGGGAAACCUCUCGUGAUGGAGGAGGUGGAGGUGCGACCACCUAAAGCUGGGGAGGUCCGCCUUAAGGUCGUGGCCACAGGGAUCUGUCACACUGACUCCUACACACUGAGCGGCUCUGACCCUGAGGGAGCUUUCCCCGUGGUGCUGGGCCACGAGGGAGCUGGUAUCGUGGAGAGUGUCGGAGAGGGAGUCGUCAAGUUUCAACCAGGGGACACGGUCAUUCCCUUGUAUGUGCCACAGUGUGGAGAGUGCAAGUUCUGUAAAAAUCCCAAAACCAACUUGUGUCAAAAGAUCAGGCUCACUCAGGGCAAAGGCUUGAUGCCAGAUGGGACAACCCGCUUCUCCUGCAAAGGCAAGAGCCUCUUCCACUUCAUGGGUUGUAGCACGUUCUCUGAGUACACUGUGGUGGCUGAGAUCUCCCUGGCCAAAGUGGACCAGAGGGCCCCUCUGGACAAGGUUUGCCUGCUGGGCUGUGGCAUCACCACUGGAUAUGGAGCUGCUUUAAACACUGCCAAGGUGGAGGCUGGGUCGACCUGUGCAGUAUUUGGCCUGGGGGCGCUGGGCCUCGCAGCAAUCAUGGGCUGUAAAGCAGCUGGGGCAACCAGGAUUAUUGGAGUCGAUCUCAACCCUGACAAGUUUCCUACUGCUCGAGAGUUCGGGGCCACGGACACGGUGAACCCAAAGGAGCACUCCAAGCCGAUCCAAGAGCUCCUGGUAGAGAUGACAGACGGAGGCGUGGACUACUCCUUUGAAUGUGUGGGCAAUGUGGCAAUCAUGAGAGCAGCCCUGGAAGCCUGCCAUAAAGGAUGGGGCACUAGCGUCAUCAUCGGGGUGGCAGCAGCCGGACAAGAGAUCUCCACCAGGCCCUUCCAGCUGGUUACUGGACGCACCUGGAAAGGCACUGCCUUCGGAGGAUACAAGAGCGUUGACAGUGUCCCCAAGCUGGUGGAGGAGUAUAUGAACAAGAAGCUCAAAGUGGAUGAAUUCGUGACUCACACUUUGCCCUUUGAGAAGAUCACCGAUGGUUUUGACCUCAUGCAUGCUGGGAAAUGCAUCCGCGUCGUCCUCCAGUUCUAGACGCAGAGGAGCGAAGAAAACCAUGAUGUCACUCCAUGUUUACUUUGCUUAGUUUAAUAAAUAAUCUUUCAGUU